AUGUCCGACACCACCUCGCAGUUCAAGAAGCUAGAGGUCAUCGGGCGCGGCAAGUUCGGCACCGUGUACAAGGGCCUGCGGCUCGACACCAAGGAGCUCGUUGCAAUCAAGAUCCUCAACCUCGACACGCCCGAGGAAGAGGUGAAGGACGUGCAACAGGAGAUCCAGUUUCUGUCGCAGCUCAAGUCUGUGCCCAACGUGACGCGCUACUACGGCUCGUACUUGCACGGCCACAAGCUGUGGAUCAUUAUGGACUACUGUGCGGGCGGAUCGGUGCGGACUUUGCUUCGUCCGGGGCCUCUGGAGGAGAAAUACAUCAGUGUCAUUGUGCGAGAGGUGUUGCUCGCGCUGCAGUUCAUCCAUCAGCACGGCGUGAUCCACAGAGACAUCAAGGCGGCCAAUAUUCUGAUCCAGAAGGACGGCAAGGUGCAGCUGUGCGACUUUGGAGUCGCUGGCCAGCUGACCACCUCGGCGAUGAAAAGAACGACGAUGGUCGGGACGCCGUACUGGAUGGCGCCGGAGGUGAUCAUGGAGGGCGCCGACUACAACGAGAAGGCCGACAUAUGGUCGCUGGGGAUCACGAUCUACGAAAUGGCGACGGGAAACCCGCCAUAUAGCGACAAGGACGCGAUGCGUGCGAUGCAGCUGCUGACGCAGCACGAGCCGCCAAGACUCGAGGGACGACAGUUCUCGGCGAACUUGAAGGACCAGGUGGCCAUCUGUCUGGAAGAAAAGCCGGAGCUGCGGCCGUCGGCCGAGGAACUGCAGAAGUCAAAGCUGGUCAAGGCGUACAGGAUGGUGCCGACCGCGUCGCUCAAGGAGGUGAUCAGCAGGUACCUGCUGUGGCGCGACUCGCGGCCGUCGCGCGAUUCGGUCUACUACGAGGACGCCGAGAGCAUCAGCGAGGAGAGCGAGGUCAAAUGGGACUUUAAUUCGCUGAAAAGCGCAGAGUACAUGAUAGAGAACGAGAUCAGCGAGGAAAACGUGCCGCCGGCCGAGGCUGUGCCGCCGUACUCGUUCGUGCCGCAGGACACAGACGACUACACGAUCAACCCGACGUUCCGGCUCGGAACGAUGCAGACGACGAUGCGUGCUGGGACGCAGUCGACGGCGGCCACGACGCUCCGAAACACGGCCAAGUCGGGUGCUCCCGCCAGCACCACCGCCCCGAAAUCGCUGCUCAAGCUGUUUGAGCAGGACGAGUCCGAGGACACGCCGUCGUCGCCGGCCGCAGAGGUGUCUGCGGUCCCCAACGUGCCGAUAGAGAUCCCCAGUCUGGACGUGGUCCCAGAGACGGCUACGCAGGAGCCGCGGCCACGAGCGCCGACCGCGUCGCGCCAGGAGUCGCCGUCCACGCCCGCGCAGGCUGAGGAGCCUGCGGUCCGGCGCAUGGGAGCGUCCAGCACGGGGCUGUCGAGUCUGGGCAACAGAACGCCGUCGCCUCAGCGGCUGAAGGAGGCCGGCCUGGCGCCGUCGCCGCAACGGCUGCCGCACAUGAAGCCGCUUCCCUCGUCGGCGUCGCAGCAGCCGCUGCUGCAGCCGAUCAACAGCAAGAUCCCGUCGCAGAGCGUUCCUCCUGGCCCGCAGACAGCUCCUGCGCUGACCAACAACGAGUACCAGGAGAUGAAGCCCGAGCCGGGCUCGCUGUCGCGCGCGCGCUCGCAGAUGCGGCUGCAGAUGCCGGUGCCGAUGUUGCACUCGCAGCUGAUGGACGACAAGACCGCGGCAGCGUCGCCGGACACGCUGAACCAGUUCGGCGUGAACAUCAACCUGGCGUCGACGGCGCCGCUGGCAAUGACUCCGGUGACCGAGAAGACGAACAUGGAGCUGGGAGCCACGCCUGAGAGAGACGUGGCAGAGUCGGUGCGGCCGCAGGGGUAUUUCGAGGAACGGGCAAAGGAGACAGAGGAGCACGAAAAAGUGAGUCUGGCGAGCAGACUCGACGGUCUUGCGCUGGACGUGGCGCCCGGCGUGCUGGACUCGAGCGACAAGGACGUGCUGGUGGACAAUUUUGUCGGGCUGGUAGGCAAGUUUGGCGGCGUGUUGGAGGCCAUCAUAGCGGAGCUGAGCGAGGCGAAGUGA